GAAUUUUUUUUCCUUGUAUUGCAUCUAAUUAAUACUCAAUCCGUUUCUAAAUGUUUGACACCGUUAACUUUUUAGCACACGCUUGACCGUUCGUCUUAGUCAAAAAAUUUAUGAAAUAUGUAAAACUAUAUGUAUACAUAAAAGUAUAUUUAACAAUGAAUUAAAUGAUAUGAAAAGAAUUAAUAAUUACUUAAUUUUUUAAUAAGACGAAUAGUAAAACAUGUUUAAAAAAAAUCAACGGCGUUAAAUAUUAAAUAUUUAGAAACGGAGGGAGUAACUCGUAAUAUUCCUCCGGUCUCGACUCUCGAACUCCCAAUCCUAUUUUGUAUACUGCUAGUGACGUUUUCCGACUCGGCCGUGCAGGUUCGGGUCCCAAACCGAACUCGAUUCGUUGUACAUGCAUGCACGUAUGCCGGUGAUAGGUUACACGGUUUGAUCGAUCGAUCACGUCGUCGGCCGCGCGCGCUCGUAUAUAUUGGAUCGAUGUGGUGAUAGCCUUGCUUGGAUUAGUGGCGUCCUCCGGCCGGCCGCUGUCUCGUUAUAUGCACCGGGAUAUGUCCGACUCGUCGUACAACCGACGUACUGGCCGGGACAAAAUGUCCGACUCGAACUCGAGCACAUAGCUUGCAGCCCUGCUUGGUUCCGGCCUAGCCCAUGGUCUCAGGCAGAAGACUCUCAGCCUAUACUUGGAUACUAGCUAGUGACGUUUUUCGUCUCGGCCAUGCAGGGGUUCGGGUCCCAAACCGAACUCGAUUCUUUGUACAUGCAUGUUGGGUCGAUGUGGCCAUCUCUCUCUCUAUAUACACAAGACGGGGGAGGAACGUACUCAGCAUAACAGUCCAUCGACAUUUAUGUGAUACUAUCCGCGCGCUAGCUGAUCGUGCGUGCGAACUCUCUAAAUUAAAUUCCGAUGCCGUCGUCGUCGUCGUCGACGGCGGUGCCGGAGGAGAUCGAGCAAUGGUUGGUGCUCGGGAAGCAGGCGCUGUGGGUGGAGGACUUCUCGGGGACGUGCCAGCGGGAGUGCUUCUGCGCCAGCUGCUUCCACGCCUUCUGCACCCACUGCUGCUGGUUCCACCACGAGCCCACCAUCCACAUGGUCUUCCCCGUCGCCGCCGACGCCGCCGGCCGGGGAGUCUACGCCACGCACGGCCCGGACGGCUGCCGGGUUCACCCGGACUUCGUCGAGGACGUCCUCGCCGCGCAGGACUACGCCACGCGCCUCCCCUGGGACGCCUUCUGCCUCCUGUGCGGCACCGCCUUCGCCGCCGCCGCGUGCCCGGACCACCACCGCCACCACCACGACCCGAGCUUGCCCGACGCCGUCCUCCGCGUCGAGCGGCGCGGCGGGCGCCACUGCGUGCGCUGCACGGGGUCCGAGUGGUGGUUCCCCUACGUGGAACAGAUCCUGGACGACCCGGUGGAGGACGACGGCGACGAGCAGCUUCUCCCGGUGAUGACGAGGAGACCGGGCAGCUGCAAGCAGUGCGGCGACCCGGACACCGGCUACUUGAUCGCCGUCUGCUCCAGCAGCUGCAGCGAGAGCUACCGAAGGGACCUCGCCGGACGAAGGCAGCGACGGGAGGUCAGGCAGGCUGCGCGCGCAGCCGCAGGCGACCAAGCAAAGCAACUAAUCGAUGGGUUAAGGAUAAGUAAUUAUUAGAAUAAACUACUUAUAUAUGCUUGUUCCGGUAAAUCCAAGUUUAAUUAGAGCCGUAUAGUUGCAAUGUUUACGAAACUGCAGGAUAUUGCACACGGUCAAAAUUAGUUUUUCAGGUGCUGGGCUAGCCGCUACGGACCAAAGAUCAGAGAAAAUCACUAUCGAGCUCUUUUUUUACUGUAUGCAUGCGAAAAUCUAUUGAUUUCUGUAGAUAACGAGAUUAAGCUCACCGCUUGACUUUUACGGUACAAUGUAUUGGCAGUAUAUACUGUCAGUAUUUACAAGGAUACAAUACAAAUUUGCUAAAAAAAUUGUAAAUGAUAUUUUAAUAAUCUAUUCUUAGGUUCAAUCUCUAUCUUUUGGCGUCGCCGUGCAUGAUUCAGGUGAGGGAGAGACGAGCCAGGCGGUGCGAUUAGUCCUCUUUGGUGACUGGAUUCACCGGCGCCUGCUUCCUGUUCAAGCGGCCAAUCGCCGCCUCCCACCACCGUCUCAUGCGAUCUGUGCACACGAAAAUGCAUGCAUUAACAUAUGUACUCUUAUGUUCUCGUGUUAUGUUCUUGCAAAUAUUCUCUGCAAUUUUAAUCUGUAGAAUCUGACCUUAAGAUGGCAAUGGUACAGGGAGCGUCACCAGUAGAGCUAGGGUUCUGUGCCCUAGAAUUAAUUAGUAUUCCAUCUGUCCCCUAAUAUAAGGGAUUUUGAUAUUUUGUUGGUACUGUUUAACCAUUUGUCUUAUUCAAAAAAAAUUAGAAUUAUUAUUUAUUUUUUUACUUAUUUUAUUAUCCAAAAUACUUUAAGCAUAACUUUUUUUUAUAUUUAUACACAAAUUUUUUUUGAAUAAGACGAGUGGUUAAACAGUGAAAAAAAAAUUAAAAUCACUUAUAUUAUGGGACUGAGAGAGAACUAAAUCACCAUGCCUAAUCGAUUUUGAGCGUUAGUGUUGCGAUGUGUUUGUGGUGGCUGGCACGGCGAGCGUCGGCUGUGUGGCUGCUGGCACAACUCCGCCGCCUGGUGUGAACGGGAGGAUGGGAAUGGGGAAUCGGAGCUGGCUUGUAUGCUGGAAUUUACGAAAUUGCCACCAUGAAAUAAAACAAAAAGACCAACAUAUCCUUGUUGGAAUUAUACUACAAAUCUAAUUAAGUGGGUAGGUAAUCAAUCUACACCGUUGGAUCAUUUAUACUGUCAGUAUAUACCAUCAAUAUAUUGUAUAGUAAAAUUGCUCUUAUUUUUUGCAGGCGGCUGCAAUAAUACGACCGCCUACAAUUGUUUUUCUUAAAUAACAAUUCAAAAAAAUAUUACGAAAUUAUAAUUACAAUAAAAUGUCUUAGGGAGAAACGCUCAGGGGUCUUCCGGCUAGCUCCACAAGGCGGUGGGCGGACUUGGGUUCGAAGCAUCACCCCUUCUAAUUAUUUGAUAUUAGGCACUUCCCUAAUAUUCGUGUCUUUUUAUAAAAUAUCUUAGUACUAGAAGACUUCGAAUAAAUCCUUUUUUUUGUGGUCUGGGCUUGCUCUGCAUUGAUCCAACAAGGCUCGGAAGAAGUUCACCUGUUGUUCCUCCUCUUUACGUUGAGUUUAAUAGAUAUCCCUAAACCGUAAUACUAGAAAUCUUCACAUCUCAUCUUGACAAGACCGUUUAAGUCAAGUCCCACGAUAAUAUGGAGGGAUGGUUUCACUAAUGUGGUAUCCUAGUGAGCAAAAUAUUUUUUUUAAAAAAAGUGGGGCCCACAUGUAAGUGGCUACCUCCUUCUUCCUCUACAAAUCUCACUUUGCUGCAGCGUGGGGUGCCAUGACCACCCGAGAAGGAGGAUGGUGACAUAGAGGGGAUUGUGGGGGUAGACACCGGAGCAGGAGGGGAGCAGGAGGGACGCGAGCAAUCGUUUAUUAGCCAUUUAGGGAGGUGUGUGCGCGUGAAGCCUAGGUUGCCCAUGAUGUGUUGCUAUUUUUUUCUAUCUCCUCCUACACGAAUCUUAGAACAAAACCAACGAUUCAAAAUUCUACGUUUUCUCCCCAAAAAUCCGUCGACGAAAAAAAAUAGCAAUUGCAAUAGAUUGAUCCCUAAUGCGUGCACACCUCGGCCACUAUGUUCCGAGGAGGGGAGCUCGAAUGUCGGAACAAGCCUGUGCCGCCGUCGCUUUGCCUCAAGGUCACAACGCGUCGAGGCCACCCAGAUGCCCCUCCACCUUAAGGUCACCCCACUGCUGCACCGCUCAAGGGUGCGCCGUUGCCGCUCCGCCUCAGGCCAUCGCCGUGCGGAAUGGAACUGUCAUCCUCCCUAGGUCCGUCAUCCGCAUUCACAGCCAAUGGUUCUAGCUUUGUAGGGGAGGAGGGAGGGAGGAGGGGAUUCGGUUGGUGCGAAGUUAGGAGGACAAGUGAGCCCAUAGUUUUUAAUUUUUUUCCCCCUAUUCUCUUACAUGUGGGUGCACUUCAAAUUUGUGAUUAGACUACCAUAUUAGUACAAGUGGACUAAGUCAACGUGCCACGCCAGUGGAAACCACCAUUGAAACUGCUAAGGCCUGGUUCGGUUUGGAGGGGAUUAAGAGGGAAUAAUUCCACACCAUAAUAGGUGUGGAAUAAAUCCCCUCCAAUCCCUUUCUCAUGGGGAUUAACUGAACAAGGCUUAAGGGAGUUAAAUUAUACCAGUUUUAAUAGUUAGAGGGUAAAGAUAUCAUAUACUGUAUUACGGUUGGGAUACGAAUUAGAGUGGACCUGUAUUUGAGGGUAUCACAGUGCACUUAUCUUAAGUUUUUCAACAUGGGCAGCCUGCAAUUUCAUGGGCCGAACAGAAAGGCUGAGAGGCUGAGACCAUGGGCUAGGCCGGAACCGAGCAGGGCUGCAAGCUAUGUGCUCAAGUUCGAGUCGGACAUUUUGUCCCGGCCAGUACGUCGGUUGUACGACGAGUCGGACAUAUCCCGGUGCAUAUAACGAGACAGCGGCCGGCCGGAGGACGCCACUAAUCCAAGCCAGGCUAUAUCACCACAUCGAUCGAAUAUACGAGCGCGCGCGGCCGACGACGUGAUCGAUCGAUCAAACUGUGUAACCUACCACCGGCGUACGCGAUCGAUCGAGCACCCGUACACACGGUAUCACAAACAUGGAGGACGCUGCUGAUCUUUCAGGAGUAGCGCAAGCCAAAUCAAUCAGAUCAGCAACACAGACGAAGGCCGAGGCGCCGCCGCCGCCGCAGCAGCAGCAGCCGGACGUGGCGGCCGAGAUGGAGGAGGAGGAGUACUGGGAUCGGCGGCGCCCGAUGUCGCCGGAUCCUCCGGAACUGCGGGACGGGCUACGGCGGCUGAAGGAAGCCGAGCGCGCCAUGGGCGUCGACGAGAGGGCCGCCGCCGCCGUGUUCGCGAGGCCGGGGCAGAAGAGGGCGGUGUCCGAGAUCCCGGAGGGGUGGUCGGCGGAGUGGGACGACUCCCUGGAGAUGGUGAAGCGUUACAGGUGCAACUACUGGGAGAACCCUAACUUCGCCGACUUGCUGCGGGAUCAUGGUCCGCUCUUCGCCCGCGCUGCCGCCGCCAUGAACGACAUGGAACGAUGGGAUUAAUUGGGGUCUGACGACCCGUAAGCCCUAGAUUAUGCUUCAUCUAGCUAGCCUAGAUUAUGGGAUUGGGGUCCUCGAAUUUGUAUUUUUUUUCUUUUCACCGUUUUUGGCCCCAAAAUCAAUUAUGGCAUGUGGUCAACUUUAUCUAGUCGUCUAAAAGAUUUAUUUUCGCAAACAAUUAACAGAGCUCCUGUAAAGGAUUGUAGAUUUUCUCACAUCUUUGGUCUGUAGCGGCUCGCUAGCCCAACACCUGAAAAACUAGUUUUGACCGUGUACUGCAA